CCCGCCGCGCCGGAGCGGGCGCCGCCCGCGCCCCGCCAUGUCGUGCGUGCAUUACAAGUUCUCCUCCAAGCUCAACUAUGACACGGUCACCUUCGACGGGCUGCACAUCUCCCUGAGCGACCUCAAGCGCCAGAUCAUGGGCCGGGAGAAGCUGAAGGCGGCCGACUGCGACCUGCAGAUCACCAACGCGCAGACCAAAGAAGAAUACACUGAUGACAGUGCUCUGAUUCCCAAGAACUCAUCGGUGAUUGUGAGGAGAAUCCCCAUUGGAGGAGUUAAAGCUACCAGCAAAACUUAUGUAAUGACUCCUAAAUCGCACAAAAUCCUAGAAACUACUUUCAGAAGUCGAAGUGAGCCAGUGAGUGGAACAUCAAAAGCAGUAUGUAAAAACACAAUCUCACACUUUUUUUCCUACACACUGCACUUAGUUCUAAACAAUGCAGCCUUUUAUUAAUUUGCCAAACGUUAACUUAAUAUAUUUUCCAGUAAAACCUAGUGUAUGUUGUAAAUACAUUGUAUUUGAUCCAGCAUAGUAAAAACUGGGUAAUGCCAUCAUUUGCAGAGUUCUAAUGUGAAUAUUGGUAUUUGUGCCUAGUAAUGCAUUGUAUUUCAUAUUGAAUAUGCCAGAAUCUCUCCUGUAUGACUCUGUGUUGUACAGAUAAUGUAUGAUCGUUUCCAGAUCCUGUAGGCUGGAGGUUUGCACACUGAACAUGGUGCCAUGUUCUACAUCUGUCUGUCUAUAGCUAGUGAUAUGUAUGUUUGUAUAGGUUGUUGUGUGCUUUUUGUUUCUUGCAAUAAAAACUGUUUGGAGUGUAUUUUUUGCCAUUUUCACAUUGUAUCACUUAGCUUUUGUUUUUAAAUACCUUUUUUUUGCCUAAUGGUUUUUGAAAAUGUUAUCAAAAACCACUGAGAAAUCAUUAUUGUGAAACUUGGUGCUGUUCCUUACUUUUGACUUGGGGGUUCAAACAAAUACCAAACCCAGCAUAUCCCAGAUGUUUGCAGGACAGUUCUGUGCAGCUAAAUGACUCCUUCUUGUGUCCUUAAAUAUUUGGGUAUUUGUUCCUAAAAGUGUAUAAUUGAAGUGCUAUUGUUUGGGCCCCCCUGAGUACAGAAAUGUCUUUAAUAGCCUGACGUGAAUUUCAAUAUCGCUGCUACACAGAGUGGUAUUCUAAAGUUCUGAUUUGAUCUCUCCCCUUUAUCUGGUGAAGCAGUUUAGUUCAACAGUUUGUCUGCAAAUGACAAUAUGUAACACAAAUUUUGGCACCAAGUUAGAGCCUGGGGUAUUUGGGGGUGAAAUCCCUGUCACUUUUCUAAUCUUGUGCCUGCAGCACAUUUUUGGGUCUGGGUGACUCCAGGGCUGGCUGCUGCUGUAAUUCCCAAAGGUGAAGCCUUUCUUUAGUAUACCACCACUUGGAAUUCACAAUUGGAAAAGGGGCAGCAUUUUCCUUCAGGUUUGCAAACCCUUGUACUGCUGCUAACAUUUAACCCCACAUGGAAACCCGUGCCUGGCCAUGGGCAGAUCUCGGUACUGUGUGCAACUGUGCUUUUCCAAUAGUCCCUAGAGUAUCAAAGUGCUGUUUGCUGGGGUUCAUUUUUUAUCUUUAUUUUAAGUAUAACUGCUUCUCCUUCACUAGACUGGUGUGAGGCAUUACACUAACCCUGGAUCAUUGGUUCUGAUCACUUGAUCAGCUAUUAGGAUAACUUAAUCUAGAAAUUCCUGAACUCCGGGGCUGUGUUCCGGGAAGAAUACAGCCUCUGGUUCCCAUGGAAACAAUCAACUUCAAAUCAAAAACUUGCUGUGUGUAGGUCUAAAACCACUAAAUGUGACAUCCAUAAUUCUACUGCUGAUUGGUUGAAUUCCUUUUGGAGAUGAAUGCCUCUCAUUGGGAGUUGGAGUUAGCUGAACUGGCCCAGUGACCCUAGCAGUUAAUGUAAUGCAUUUGUGUAAUCCACGUUUAUAGUAUUUGAUCUAAUUCAGAUGGGUUUUUAUUUCUUGAAAACAGUUCUUUUUCUUUUUGUUUACUAGCAUGUGUAUAAACACAAACCACAUGUUCAUAAAUAAAGUUAACAUUCUUUUA